AUGUUCAGUUCUCUAGGGACAAAGAUAGCCCUCCGAAAAGCCGGGCUGGGCGGUGUAUCGCUACCAAAAACCGACGGCUUGUUUGGGAAUGGCAACACGAAGAAGGGGAACACAAAUGGCGCCGAGGGAGGAGACACAGGUUUCGCCAACCCAUUCGCAAACGUACAAUGGGGUGUACCAAAAGCCCUACAAUCUUGGACGACACCUCCACCACCGCAGAACCCGGUGCGCAAGUCACCAAACAUAGGAGACCGCGCACAAAGCCAUCCUAAGUUACAAUUUCCUACAGCCGAUGGGCGGCCGACUAUACUGCUGUUCCUGAGGUUUUGCGGAUGCCCUUUCUCAGAGAAACUCUUCCUCACGCUCCGAACCCUUGCGAACAAGCACACUUCUAUCCACUUCGUCGCAAUAUCGCACUGCACACCUGCUGCAACUACAGAAUGGGUCAAAAAACUCGGCGGGGCCUGGAAUGUAGACGUAGUAGUAGACCAAGACCGGGAACUAUACGCGCUAUGGGGUCUGGGCAUAGCUACUUGGGGUCAUGUUCUGCAUCCCAGGAAUGGCUAUAACCAGGUCAUGCUCAGGAAGAAUGAGGGGGUCUGGGGCCAGCUGGUUGGAGAAGGCGCAUGUAGAUGGCAAGUUGGAGGCUCAUAUUCGGUGGACGGGAGGGGUGUGGUGACGUGGGGUGGACCGAUGCAAUCAGCAGACGAGGCGAUACCAUUCGAACACGGCGUAAUGUCUCUUGGAUAUGGAGAGACGAGGAUAUAA